GCCCCACACCUCGAUGGUUCGGCGCUCCCUCGAUUUUCUCGGGCGGCGGCUGGAGGUGGCUGUGCCCGCCGGACGCGGAGGCGCUGCUGGGAGCGGAGACGCCCCAGGUGCCGGAUACGAGCGCGGCGGCGGCGGCUGCCGGUGUUGUGUAUCUUCAAGCUCUGCCCAGGAUUUGUGAGAAAAGCUGUGAAGACUACAGAGUAACUGAAUAGACAUCAUGUCUCGAGCACGGCAGCCCCCGCUUGUAACUGGCAUCUCUCCCAAUGAAGGUAUCUCAUGGACAAAAGUUACAAUUAGAGGAGAAAAUCUGGGGACUGGGCCUACAGACCUUAUAGGUUUAACAAUCUGUGGGCACAACUGUCUGCUAACUGCUGAAUGGAUGUCUGCAAGUAAAAUUGUGUGUCGAGUCGGACAGGCAAAAAAUGACAAGGGAGAUAUUAUUGUUACUACAAAAUCUGGUGGCAAAGGAACUUCAACUGUUUCCUUCAAACUGCUGAAACCUGAAAAAAUAGGUAUCUUGGAUCAGUCUGCUGUCUGGGUGGAUGAAAUGAACUAUUAUGACAUGCGCACUGAUAGGAACAAAGGGAUUUCCCCCUUGUCCCUGCGUCCAGCUAAUCCGCUUGGUAUUGAGAUAGACAAAGGCAGAUUUCCUCAGAAAGAUUUAGAGGCACUGUUUCCUGGAAUGAGUGCUGACUUCACUAGUGAGAACUUCUCUGCUGCUUGGUACCUGAUUGAGAACCAUUCAACAACAAGUUUUGAUCAGCUCAAAACGGCUGUUGUGAAUUUGAAGAAACAAGCCAAUAAGAAAAAUGAGGGAAGUCUAGCUCAUGUGAAAGGAGGUCUCAGCACCUUUUUUGAAGCACAAGAUGCUCUGUCAGCAAUCCAUCAAAAACUGGAAGCGGAUGGAACGGAAAAAGUAGAAGGAUCCAUGACGCAAAAACUGGAGAAUGUACUGAACAGAGCCAGUAACACAGCAGAUACCUUAUUCCAAGAAGUGCUGGGUCGCAAGGACAAAGCGGAUUCAACAAGAAACGCACUUAAUGUUCUUCAGCGUUUUAAGUUUCUUUUCAACCUUCCCUUAAAUAUUGAAAGAAAUAUCCAGAAGGGCGAUUAUGAUGUGGUUAUUAAUGACUACGAGAAAGCCAAGUCACUCUUUGGAAAGACAGAGGUUCAAGUAUUCAAAAAAUAUUAUGCUGAAGUUGAAACCAGAAUUGAAGCUUUAAGAGAACUUCUGCUAGAUAAGCUGCUUGAAACUCCAUCAACAUUACAUGAUCAGAAGCGUUAUAUAAGAUAUCUUUCUGAUCUUCAUGCGUCUGGGGACCCUGCUUGGCAGUGCAUUGGUGCUCAACAUCAGUGGAUUCUGCAGCUCAUGCACAACUGUAAGGAGAGCUAUGUCAAAGAACAAAAAGGUAACUCAUUGCUCCACAGCCCCAUGUUAGACCUGGACAGUGAGGUGCGUCCGUCACCAAUUGGCCAUCUCAGUCAAACUGCCUCAUUGAAAAGGGGCAGCAGCUUUCAACCUGGCCGUGAUGAUGCCUGGAGAUACAAAGCACCUCAGCAAGUUGUAUUUGUUGAAAAGUUGACAAAACUUGUUGUAAGUCAGCUGCCCAACUUCUGGAAGCUCUGGAUUUCUUAUGUGAAUGGAAGUUUAUUCAGUGAGACUGAAAAAUCUGGCCAAAUGGAAAGAUCAAAGAAAAAUGCUAGGCAAAGACAAAAUGAUUUCAAGAAAAUGAUUCAGGAAGUGAUGCAUUCUCUGGUAAAACUUAUCCGUGGAGCUUUGCUUCCAUUCAGCCUCAGAGAAGGAGAAUCAAGACAGUAUGGUGGCUGGGAGAUGAAAUCUGAACUUUCUGGCCAGUGGCUAACACAUGUUAUCCAGACUGUAAGGCUUAGUUCUGAGUCUCUUACUGCACUUGAGAUACCCAAUGAUAUGCUUCAGAUCAUCCAAGAUCUUAUUUUGGACCUUCGUGUUCGUUGUGUGAUAGUGACCUUACAGCACACAGCUGAAGAUAUAAAGAGGUUGGCUGAAAAGGAAGACUGGGUUGUUGACAAUGAAGGUUUGACAUCGUUGCCAUCCCAGUUUGAACAGUGCAUUAUCCAUUCCUUGCAAUCUCUUAAAACCGUGCUGGACUGCAAACCUGGAGAGGCAAGCGUUUUCCAGCAGCAGAAAACACAGGAGGAUGUGUGCCAGCUGAGCAUUGGGAUCAUGCAGGUCUUUAUAGACUGUUUGGAACAAUUGAGCACCAAACCUGAUGGGGACAUAGAUACAGCACAUCUUUCAGUUGAUGUUUCAUCUCCAGAUUUGUUUGGAAGCAUUCAUGAAGACUCAACUCUUUCUUCAGAGCAGAGGCUUUUAAUUGCACUCAGCAACUGCCGGUACCUGGAACGUCACACCUUCCUAAAUGUAGCUGAACAUUUUGAGAAGCAUGGCUUUCAGGGUGUGGAAAAAAUAACACAAGUUAGUAUGGAAUCCUUGAAAGAGCUGGAUCAAAGACUAUUUGAAAUGUACAUUGAAUUCAAAGCAGAUCCGAUAGUUGGGUCAUUAGAACCUGGCAUUUAUGCAGGAUAUUUUGAUUGGAAGGAUUGUCUAGUUCCAGCAGGUGUCAGAAACUAUUUGAAAGAAGCAUUAGUGAAUAUCAUUGCUGUACAUGCAGAGGUGUUUACCAUUUCCAAAGACCUAGUUCCUCGGGUAAUGUCACGGGUUGUAGAAGCAGUCUCUGAAGAACUGAGUCGACUGAUGCAGUGUGUUUCAUCCUUCAGCAAAAACGGAGCUUUACAGGCAAGACUUGAGAUCUCUGCAUUGAGAGAUACCGUGGCCAUAUUUCUAACACCUGAAAGCGACUCAAGCUUUAAGCAAGCUUUGGAAGCCUUGCCUCAGCUCUCAAGUGGAACUGACAAAAAGUUGCUAGAAGAACUAUUGAACAAAUUUAAAAGCAGCAUGCACUUGCAGCUGACCUGUUUUCAAGCUUCUUCGUCACCAAUGAUGAAGACAUAGACAACAACACAAUGCUGGCAACUCAAAAGACAAAUGUGCCUAAAUGUCACCCAUUUUUUCUGUACUUCUUCAGUUCCUUUGAAAAAUUUGAAGAAAACAAAAGGAAUUUGACUGAAGGAGAAAUUAUGAGAUACAACUCUGAGUAAUGGUAUGGGGUAUCCUGCUGAGUGAGGCUUGCGGUCAUAAAUAUCAUGAUUAAAUUGUUUUUUGUCUAUUGUAAUUCAUUCUGUGGAGGGGAGUAAGCCAAUUUUAUUUACAUACACUCUUCUUGGCUCUGUGUUCCUGAAGAAAUAUUCAUUAAUGUGCUCUGAUGUGUUUCGUUUGUUAAAAAUAUAUUUAAAUGUAUUUUUUACCAAAUGUCACAUAAAAUUUGAGUAUAUUGCUCACAUUGUUCAGUGUAUCAGUUACUUUCUAGAUGUGGAAAUGUAGAUGAUGUAAGUGACUGGAAGACUCAACUUCUGUAAACUGUUGAGUAGAAUGUCAUAAAUAUUAUUACAUACAGCUAACUAAUAAGUGCCUCAGAUACAGUAUUGAGAAAGAUACUGCUUCUUUUGCAUUUAAAAAAUUAUCACUUUUUUUCUGUUAUUAGCUACAAUUUCAGGGUUUUUUUAAAUGGUUGAGUAAAAAGUUCUUUGAGUAGUGGAAUAGUUAACCACCUCUCACAUAGAAGUAAGGAGGAGUGCAAUAUGUCACUGAGCUUGCUGCUUCCUUCUUACUCCUCUUUUCUUGUUCUUAUGGGAUUACUAUCACUGUCUUCCCCUUUCACUCUUGUAUGUCAGUCCUCUUUUCACCACCAACUUACUGCAUUUGUGUAGAGGGGAAUAGGAUUAAGAAGGAAAACAACAGUUUUGCUGCCAUUGGGAUGUAAUUACACAAAGCUCCAUAAUUGUCUUCUCAGCAGGGGAAUGUUUGACACUGACUUCAUUUUGGGGCUUUCAUAGGAGAUGCAGGAAGCAGUAACAGAGAGCAACUAUUUGAAGGCUGGGGACGAGAGGUAGGUUUAAUUUAUAACUGGAAACAUGACUCGCAAGCAAAUCAUGCAGUAAUAAUGUAUUCUUUCUAUAUUUACAGUCAUUUUGACUGGGACUUCUCAGAAACAGUGCACAGAGUUUUCAAACAAUUUUUUAAUGUCAAUUGUUUUCUUCUGCCAGCCCAGCUACAUGCUUUAAAAAUACAGCAUACAGUUCCUAUAGGAGGAAUUACUGAAGAAACAAUUUGAUGCACGUGUUAUUUACUCAUUAAAAACAUAAUGUAAGUAGUUAUAGCGUGUUGAAUGGAAGUUUGAAACUUCAAAUAAAGCGUCAUUAUUGGCUUUCAGGGAGAAUUGUUAAACACCUGAAGUAAUGUUGUUUUGUUAAAUGUUAUGCAUUCCAAUCUGGUUGUAGUCUCAGCUGCUGGCAUUAGCUGGAAUAUUAAAUCUGUUAAGGAUUUCACGUCAUAAUAAUAAAAUAUUAAGAAAUAUG